AUGGCGUCGUUGAGCAGCAGUACCACCAUCACGACCGUUUCUGCCUCCGCCGUCUCGGAUGACCACGAUCUGCCGGUGCCCCCGUCUCUCGUGCCGGCCCAGUGGCAGGACACCGUGCGGGUCAUCGGCAUGUCGGAGUGUCGCGAGGCCGCUCUGUCGCUGUCGCACGCCUUUGCCGCCGAUGCCUUGUCGCUGUACCUGGUCCCGUCCGCGGACGAGGAGCGAGGUCCUGGUCUUGGUCGUGGCCGCGGUCGCGGUGGCCGGCUUCACUCAGCCGAGGACCGCUGGCGGCUGCACGUCAACAUCAUGACCUACAUCGUGGCGUCGGUGGCACUCAACGGCAUCGUCACCACCAUCGGCCCCGACUACGAUGGCGUGGCACUCUGGCUGGGCCCCGGCCAAAGCGUCGAUGGCUGGUGGACAAGCCUGCGCAGCGGCCUUUGGCGUCUGCACCUCCAGCUGUCGCCCGAGGGCCACCGACGCUACUACGACGAGCUGAUGCCGCUGCUGCACCAGACCAAGAUCGAGCCCAGCGCCCGACGUCGCGGCUACGCCCAAAAGCUGCUCGAACACGUGUUUGUCAAGGCCGAUGCAGAAAAACGCCCGAUCUACCUCGAGUCGAGCUCCGCGACCAACAACCGGUUCUACAGCAAGUUCGGCUUCGAAUACAAAAAGGACAUCUCCCUCGUCCGCGGAAAAACGCCAGUCGGCCUUUCCAUCAUGGUUCGUGGGCCGCAGACGGCCAUCAGCAAGAAGCUCAGCGUUGAGCACGUAUAG